AUGCGCAGCUCUAUCCAUCAGCUCAAGGAAUACGUUGAUUGGGAGUUCACACCGGAUGCUUUAACUUGUGCUGUUGGCAUUGAUAGCGUUAUCAUGUUUUCUACAAUUUUCGUUCUUCUCCGGAUGAAGAGAAAAUAUGAAAAUCUAAAAGAUCAAUCAUUCCUUCAUCCACGCCUUUUCAAUAGUAUGAUGCAGAUGGGUGUAGCGAACUUGACUUUCUUUGUAUUCGAUUUGCUCACAUUCCGUCUCCCAUCAACUGGAGUCUUGACUAGCUUGUGUGCAAGAUUCGAGCCUAACCGAUUACUUAUCAUUGUAUACAUUGGCCAACUGGUCUCCACUUAUUGGUCCAUGCUUUUCACUCUCCAGUUUUGCCUGGUUCGUCUCAUCAUCUUUGCCCGUCCUACCGAUCAUGAGCAGAUAAACAAAAAGUUUACGAACGUCUACACGAAACUAGCCUUUGUCUCGCCUUUUGCUGCUCCAUACUUUAUGUAUCAAGGACUCGGAUAUUGCCGUCAAUGGGAUACAGUAUUCCGUCAUGGUGCCGUUUUCAUUUCCUACACGGAUACCUUGCUUGGAAUUCGAAAGGACUACGGAUACACCGUUACCACAUUUCUUGCUCCAUUUGCAAUGACGGUAACUAAUGGAUUUUUCGCCUAUUAUGCUGGAAAACAUGCUUCACAUACGAGAGCCAAGAGCAAUCUGUUCAACAAAAAAGCAAAGUUCUCUCUUGUUCUCACCAACUUGGCAAUGACCGUUCCUUAUCUGGCACACUGUCUUCUUACGAUUGUGUGCUCUUGGAUUGUUCCAGAAUGGUCGCCAUAUUCAAUUCUUAUCAGGACACCACUCACAGACAUUGCUCAUCUGGGAAUGAUUGUUUAUUAUUACGCAACUCAUAGAGUUUUCAAUGGAAAGUCCAACGCAAUCAAACCAACGCCAUCGGGUUCUCGUGUAGCAAAAUAA